GAUUUAAUUUUUUCUCUGACUCUUCAAAGUUUUGUAAGCUUCAGAUUGACGCAGAUUGUAAGUGGAAAAAGCAUGGCGGACGAUCUACCAGAAGGGUGGGAAAAGAGAAUGAGCCGGUCUGCCGGCAAAGAAUAUUACCUAAACAUGCAUACCAAGGAAAGUCAAUGGGUCCGUCCAAGUGCACCAGCAGAAAAAAGUGCUAUGGUGCAAUGUUCACAUCUUUUGGUGAAGCACAGGGAUUCACGCAGACCGUCCUCAUGGCGGGAAGAGAACAUCUCACGAACCAAAGAGGAGGCAUUGAACAUUUUAAGAGGUUAUCGGGAUCAAAUCGUACGUGGAGAGGCUACAUUUGAAGAACUGGCUUCCAAAUACAGCGAUUGUAGCUCGGCCAAACGGGGAGGAGAUUUGGGUCCCUUUGGGAGGGGACAGAUGCAGAAACCGUUUGAAGAUGCCACGUAUUCAAUGAAAGUAGGGGAGCUCAGUGAGCCAGUGGACACAGAUUCAGGAGUACACAUUAUAUUAAGGACAGCUUAAUGUUCUCUCUGUUCUCAUGACGUUGUAAUGCUAUUAAAGCAUAUAGAGUAUACCUGUCUACCAGAUCUACUAAUCUCAGUCAGUCUCGGAGCAUCCUCAGUCUUUGUUAAAUCACACAUCGUAUUGAAUGAAGAAUCGGAUUACUGUUUAUAUUUUCACUCUGUUGACAAAUAUACAUGUAACGAUGUACACUGUUGUAAUGGUUUUAGAUACGAUGCAUACCUCCGGACACUGCCCGUCAGUCAUGUGACCAUACUUUGCUUAUUGUUGGGUUUGAUGUGUUAAAGUUAUGUGAUACACUUUUUGCUAUAUAAAGCUUCUAAAUGAAUUAAUUCAAAUUAAUCGUCAGUGAAACUUUCAUUUUACAUGUACUGUUUAUAUCAGUUCCAAGUAAUGAAUUAAAUUACUUCGUUUUUUACUCAAA